AACAAGUUCACCCCUCUUUCUUUCGUGUAUUCGCUGGUAGCGGAUAAUAGUGGUACGGUCCGUUGCUAUAGCAGCGAGUGUUGGUGCUGAGGACUCUCCAGGACUUGCAGCCAUGUAUAAGCUGGACCUCCCCAUAGAUCCCAAAGAAGUCGCUGCUAUUGAAAGGCGAAGAAACAGAGAGCAACAAAGACAGAGCCAAAUCUUCAAUGCCAAGGCUCGGACAAUUGGGGUGGAUGUGGCCGUACUGGAGAAGCAAGUGGAAGAAAGGAGGAUGAUGGAGAGAACGGAGAAGGCUCGGGAGGAGGCAUUUGAUGCAGACAGAGAACAAUAUGAUAAAGUUGCUCUGAUGCUGGAAGAGAGAGAGCAGCAAAUGUCUCACGAUCUAGACCGAGCCGUCCAGAAUUACAGGCAACAACAUCAGAAGCCUGAGACCCGGAGAGAAUAUGACCUUUAUGAUCCAGACGCACUAAAGAAGGACAGGCCCGCCAGAGUGAGCGACCAUGACCCCAGGUGUGGACCUGCCACCUUGCAGAUGUUUGCUGGAGAAGAUCUGAAUGAGAAGAAGCGCAGAGAACUGCAGACAGAUAUGACCAAAAAAUGGCUGACUGAGCAGAUAGAUGAAAGGAAGAGGAAAGAAACACAGCAAAUGUAUGCAGAUAAUUUAUACGACAGAAAGAGAGUGGAGCUGGAUGAGAGAGCUCAACACCUGAGCAAGAUGGAAGAAGAGUGCCGCAGAGCAGUGAACAUGGCCACCACUAAUUUUAAUCAAGCCUCGGCCAUGGAGGUGGUGGAGCGCAGGAGACUGCAGAAACAGCAAGAAGAAGAUAAUAAUUUUGCAGAGAUUUAUAACCACCUGACAGGAGACAUAUUAACAGAGAAUCCUGCGGUGGCAGUCAGCGCCUUUGGUCCACAACGUGUUGUGCCAGAUCGAUGGAAGGGCAUGAGCCCAGAGCAGCUGAAAGCCAUCUUAGACAUACAGAAGGAGCAAUGCCAAGAGAAUCAGAGACUGAAGGAAGAGGAGAAGCGGCAGAACAUGGAGUGGGACAGGCAGAGAAUCCUGGCUACACGUGCCGCAAUGAACUUGGAACAACAAGAACAGGAAUACAACAAAGAAAUAAGGAAGAGGCUGGACGGGUACAACCAGCAGCUGAGCCGAGAGCAGAAGGCACAUCUAGAGUACCUGGAAAAAGUGAUCUACACCAACAACCCGACUGCUCACUACCACAGUCAGUUCAACACUACCAGCCGCUGAACAACUCCUGACCUCAGUGGUCCGACCAGGAAUCGGGGUGAGAUCUAUAAGUGAAAGAUCCUUUCUAUGGUGGUAGUCCAUGAUCACAUAUCAAUAAAGAUGUCCCCAAUGUAAACAGAGUCUUAUUUU